AUUGUGUGCGCCGUGAUCCUCCCGCGUGGGCUCCGCAGCGCGGUAAUCUGUUGAAUCGGUAUCGAACCCUGAUACCUGGUUCGAGGCUGUGGUGUUGGGUCGCUGCACAAGUCAUCCAGCUGAUGGACGAGUCCCGUUGAACUGGAUCAUCUCAGGGACCUAGAGGAGGUGUACUGGUGGGUUCUAUGUGCUGGGGAGCUAGAGCUUGAGAUUCCAACUCUGGAUACCUAUGAAUCAAGAAAUUGUCUUCUAGAACUUCAGUGGAAGACUUAGUAUAUUCUCUUGGUGCUCAGUUUGCAGCUUUCUGAUGGAUCCUAAGAGCUGAGACUGCUGAUGGACCUUUUAAAGAUGAGUGAACAAACGGAAAGAGGACGGCAGCGGAAACUUCCUGAUUGGAUUUCUGUGCAGAGGAGCUAUACGGUAGAAGAAAAAAAGGCAUCUGUUCGGAAGAGUGUUUUGGAAGAUCACCUGCCCUUCUUAGAAUUCACUGGAUCCACUGUGUACAGUUAUGAAGCUAAUGAUUGUUCUUUGCUCUCAGAAGAUAUUAGCAUGAGUCUCUCUGAUGGAGAUGUGGUCGGAUUUGACAUCGAGUGGCCACCAGCAUACAAGAAAGGGACACUGGGCAGAGUGGCCCUCAUUCAGCUGUGUGUGGCAGAGAGCAAGUGCUACUUGUUUCAUAUUUCUUCUAUGUCAGGUUUCCCUCAGGGACUAAAAAUGUUGCUUGAAAAUGAAGCAAUUAAAAAGGCAGGUGUGGGAAUUGAACAAGAUCAGUGGAAACUUCUACGUGACUUUGAUAUCAAGUUGAAGAGUAUUGUGGAGCUGACAGAUGUUGCCAAUGAAAAGCUGAAAUGUAUAGAGACCUGGAGCCUCAAUGGUUUGGUUAAAUACCUCUUUGGUAAACAGCUUCUGAAAGACCGGUCUAUUCGCUGUAGCAACUGGAGUAAGUUUCCCCUCACUGAGGACCAGAAAGUGUAUGCAGCCACUGAUGCUUAUGCUGGUUUCAUCAUUUAUCAAAAAUUAGCAAAUUUGAGUGAUCCUGUACAAAUAUUUGUGAAGACUAAAGAGGAGGAAAUACUACCUAGUGAUGUGAAGAAACAAUUGACUUCGAUCUCCAAGGAGAUGAUGGAUCUGGCUGAGCGUCUUCCUGAUACUUUUGGAAAACUGGAAAAUCCACAGAGGGUUUCCCUACUAUUGAAGGAUAUUUCAGAAAAUCUGUAUUCAUUGAGGAUGAUGAUGUUUGGCUCCACUGAGAAGGAACUGAGACCUAGCAGUAACUUUCACUUAUUACCACUGGAAGAGCCAACUGCUGGUGAAGCACAAGAGAAACAAAUUAGAGCACAUAACAUUUUUCCUGAAGUUAAAGAUGAGGCAUGGGAUGCAACACCUGAUGAUUUAAUUGAACAUGAUGGAGAAAAGGUACUUGGAAAUCAAAUGAAACAAGAAGAUGGAUUUGAAGAUGAACUGGCAGGCAAGAAGUUGGAAGAGAAUACAGAAAGAAAUUGUUUGAUGUCAUUAGAUAUUACAGAAGAGGAACUCCAACGUUUGGAACAACAGGCUCAGGAAAAGCAUCUUACUGAUGUUACUUGCACAUCUCCUGAGCAUUCAUCUUCCAAGGAUAAUGAAGAGGAUCUAUCUUACAUAAUUGAGAGUGAUGAAGAUUUAGAAAUGGAGAUGCUUAAGUCUUUAGAAAACCUCAAAAGUGGCACGGUAGAUCCAAAUCAUUCAAAAUGCAUAGAAAUGGAAAAAAAUCUAGAUCUUCCUUCUGAAGAAGAUGAUGAAGAUGAGAACGAAGCUGUUGAAGAGGAAAAAGAAGCUGAUGAAGACUGUCUGUUACCAAGACCUACUGAAAAGCAAAUUAACUGCCUCAAGACCUACUUUGGCCAUUCUAGUUUUAAGCCGGUUCAAUGGAAAGUGAUUCAUUCUGUACUGGAAGAAAGAAGAGAUAAUGUUGUUGUCAUGACAACUGGGUAUGGAAAGAGUCUGUGCUUCCAGUAUCCACCUGUUUAUGUAGGGGGGAUUGGCCUUGUCAUCUCUCCCCUUAUUUCUUUGAUGGAAGACCAAGUACUUCAGCUUGAAAUAUCCAGUAUUCCAGCUUGUUUUCUUGGAUCAGCACAGUCAAAAAAUGUUGUAGAAGAUAUUAAAUUAGGCAAAUACCGGAUUGUAUACCUAACUCCAGAAUUCUGUUCAAGUAACUUGGAGCUGCUUCGGCAACUUGAGGCUGAUAUUGGUAUCACACUUAUUGCUGUGGAUGAGGCUCACUGUAUUUCUGAAUGGGGACAUGAUUUUAGAAAUUCAUUCAGGGAUUUGGGUUGCCUAAAGGCAGAAUUCCCGAAGGUUCCAAUUGUUGCACUGACUGCUACGGCAGGUUCUUCAGUCCGAGAAGACAUUGUAUGUUGCUUAAACCUGAAGGAUCCUCAGAUAACCUGUACUGGUUUUGAUCGACCAAACUUGUAUUUAGAAGUUGGACGAAAAACAGGAGACAUCCUCGAGGAUCUGAAGCAGUUUCUUGUCUAUAAGUCAAGUUCUGCUUGGGAAUUUGAAGGUCCAACUAUCAUCUAUUGUCCUUCCAGAAAAAUGACAGAGCAAGUUACAGCUGAACUUAAAAAACUGAAGUUAGCCUGUGGAACAUACCAUGCAGGACUGAGUAUUAACUUAAGGAAGCAAGUUCAUCAUAGGUUCAUGAGAGAUGAAAUUCAGUGUGUCAUAGCUACCGUAGCUUUUGGAAUGGGCAUCAAUAAAGCUGACAUUCGCCAAGUCAUUCAUUAUGGUGCUCCUAAGGAAAUGGAAUCCUAUUACCAGGAGAUUGGUAGAGCUGGCCGAGAUGGACUUCAAAGCUCUUGUCACAUUCUUUGGGCUCCAGCAGACAUGAACCUAAAUAGGUGCCUCCUUAGUGAGAUACGCAAUGAAAAGUUUCGAUCAUACAAAUUAAAGAUGAUGGGAAAGAUGGAAAAAUAUCUUUAUUCCAGCAAGUGUAGGCGACAAAUCAUCUUGUCUCAUUUUGAAGACAAACAACUACGAAAGGCCUCCAUAGGAAUUAUGGGAACUGAAAACUGCUGUGAUAAUUGCAAGUCCAGAUUGGAUCACUGCUUUUCCCUUGAAGACUCAGAUAAUACACAGGACUUCGGGCCACAAGCAUUCCAGCUCUUAUCUGCUGUGACCAUCUUAGGAGGAAGGUUCGGCAUUGGGAUUCCAAUUUUAUUUCUCCGAGGAUCUCAUCAUAGUGUCAUCACCAAGAAAAUAUUACAAGUCCUCAGAACCUGUUAUUUCCGCUCAAGAGCAGGAGACUCAGACUGCAUUAUAUGGCGAAUUGGUAGCAGCUAGGCAGAAACACGCCAAUACGAUGGAUGUUCCUCCGGCUGUUCUGGCAACAAAUAAGAUAUUGUUGGAUAUGGCCAAAAUGAGACCUACUACAGUUGAAAAUGUGAAAAGGAUCGAUGGUGUUUCUGAAGGCAAAGCUGUGAUGUUGGCCCCUCUGUUGGAAGUCAUCAGACGUUUCUGUCAAAUAAAUAGUGUUCAGACAGACCUCUUUUCAAGCACAGAACUACAGGAAGAACAGAAGACAAGUUUGGUGCUGGAAAAUAAAGCAAACUCACUUUCACCGUCUGUGGCCAUUACAUAUUCUUUUUUCCAAGAAAAGAAAAUGUCUUUGAAGGAUACAGCUGAGAAGAGGACUCUGCCUCUCACAGCAGUUGGCAUGCACUUAUCCCAAGCGAUGAAAGCUGGCUACCCAGUCGAUACAGAGCGAGCAGGCCUGACUCCAGAGAUUCAAAAGAUUAUUGCUGAUGUUAUCCGAAACCCUCCCAUCAACUCAGAUACACAUAAAAUUAACCUAAUUAGAAUAUAUGUUCCUGAAAACAUUGACACGUAUCUUAUCCACAUGACAAUCAAGAUCCUGGAAAAAGAUGGUGACCACAGAAUGCAAUGCCACUCUUCAUGUGAUCCCAACAAAAAGCGAUGUUUCCCUGACCCUGAAGAGAGCUCGUCAAAUUCUAAGAGAACCAAGGAAGAAGUAGACACUAAGACCAAGACUUCGUCUGAAAUGUCCAAGAGAAAAUUACCUUGGUGGUUUGCCAAAGGAAAUGACACCUUACCUGAUACCAGCAAGAAAUCAGUGGCCAAAACCAAAAAGAAGGGUCUUUUUAGUUAGACUGGCAGCUGUCAGAGGAAUUAUAUGUCCUGCUGUAUUAUAAGAGGGAAGCUGUAUUUCAUUUCUGAAAAGAGUAGGGAGUGUUUGUUUAAAAAUUAUUCUAAUUUUGAAGUAAAACUCAUCUAUUUAUUGAACAGCUGGCAUUUGAAAACAGUCUUGGGCAAGCCACGUAAAGUUGAGUCUUCUGAGGGUCUGAGUGAGUGCCUCCUAGGACAGAAUCUUAAGUUACCUUCCUAUGAGAUUGCUUUAAGAAAUCAUGUCAUUGCCUGUUUUCUAAUCUCUUCACUUAUUUCCAUAGUAUGUUUGGAAUAUGUAAUGUACAAUGAUUUAAUAUAUGUAACAGAUUAGGAGUUGUAUAGUGAUUAUGUGUGUGAUAUGAAAUAUUCUUGUAUUACCGAAAUUCUGUCUUAUACAUGAAGAAUGCGUAGUUAUUUUACAAAUUGUUUUUUUAUUUUUAGAAGAAACUCUUGUACGCAUUUUAAAAUGGUACUAGUGGGCCAGACCAGUGAAAAUGAAACGUUUAGGGUUCUGUGUAAAUAGAGAAAAGAACAGAACAAAGGAGACCAAAUGCACUUUGUAUUUUACAUAUGAUUUCUAUUAUUUUUCAAAUAAUAAUAAAAACUCUUUCCUACUGAAAA